AUGGUUGGCAACGAAAAAAUCGAUUGUCCUGUCACGGUCGCCAGAAUGUUGCAACCAAUUCUUUGUGACACCUGCGAAUCGCGUAUUCAAAAUAAAAUGUCCUACGAAAGCGUUCAAAGAUGGAUCAACGAGAUGAUGCUGAAGAUCAUCGAGAAUCUUGAAUUGGACAUUCACAAAGCUCAGUACGAAUUAUUAGAAUCUACUGGCAAUUUUAUUAUGUCCAACAUAUAUCAUAUACGUUUAAAAUUUGAGAAUAAAACAAACAGACAGAGCGAGGAAUUGUCUAUAAUACUGAAGAUGCCCAUGUUGGAUUUUAGUCAGAUAGCUCGUAUUGAUCUUCAAUUUCGCAACGAGAUCCUGUUCUAUCAAAUGCACACCCGACCGAAUAAUUAUGCAAAAUGUUUCUAUGUUGAAGAACGACCGCCUAUCGACUCUAUAAUCGCUUUAGAAAAUGUCAACGGACAAGGAUAUUAUCCUUGUCCAUAUAAAUAUGAUUCUCCAGUGGAAUACACAUUAGCGGCAAUGCGCGAGCUGGGACGAUUUCAUGGUAAAGGAUAUGUCAUGAAGGAAAUGCAACGGGAAAAAUUUUUUGAUAUCGCGGCGCAAAUUCAAGAAAUUAGGUUUACAAACAAAACGGAGAAUCUUUACAAGUUUGCUUGCAACAUUAAGAUAUCACGGGUGAAUAAAAUUUAA